AUGAAGACCCUCCUGCUGUUGGCAGUGAUCAUGGCCUUUGGCCUGCUGCAGGCCCACGGGCAUUUGAUGGAUUUCUGGAAAAUGAUCUGGUUGACAACAGGAAAGGAAGCUUUGUCCAGUUAUGGUUUCUAUGGUUGCCACUGUGGCAUAGGUGGCAAAGGAUCCCCCAAGGAUGCGACAGAUUGGUGCUGCGCUGCCCAUGACUGUUGCUACGACCGUCUGCGGAAACGCGGGUGUGGCCUCAAAGGUCUGAGCUACAAGUUUGCCUACCGCAGGGGCCAGAUCAUCUGUGCGAAACAGAACUACUGUAGGAGUCAACUGUGUCAAUGUGACAAAACAGCCGCCUCCUGUUUUGCAAAAAACCGGAAGACCUAUAGUAAGAAGUAUCGGUACUACAAAAACAAGCACUGCAGCGGGAGCAGCCCCAGGUGCUGA